AUGGCUACUGACGAUCUUACAGAUAAUAGUAAAUUUAAAGAAUCAGAUUUACAAGAAUUUUUUAUAGCUGAGAAACAAAAAGCACAAAUUCAAGCUCAGAUCCAUGAAUUCAACGAUAUUUGUUGGGAAAAAUGUGUUGAUAAACCAGGAGUCAAAUUGGAUGGUCGAACAGAAACAUGUUUAAGUAAUUGUGUCGAUAGAUUUAUAGAUGUUUCACUUUUAAUUACAAAUCGUUUUGCACAACUUUUACAAAAGUCUGUAGGAAAUAUGUAA